CAACUAAAGUAAGACAGAGAAGUGGAAACAAUCACCUUUUCCCCCCACGCUCAAUUCAAGCUUCUUGGUUCAAGCUACAUCACUUUUUCAGUUCUCUUUCCCCUCUUUUCUUUUCCUUCUUCUUCCCAAUUCUUUCUAACUCUUUUGUUUGAUCUUGCGCUUUUGUAAAACUGCUGUUUCGUCUUCAGUAGUAAUCACUCGAAUCAAUCGUGUCCACGCCAAUCCUUGGAGCAUCAAGCAAUUUUAGCCCGACUACAGCAGCAGCAACAACAACGACCUUAUCAGCAUCAACGACAGAUAAAGGAUUAUAUUCAUAUACUUCAUACCGAUCAAUCAACACCACAGUACCAAAAGCAGAAUAUGACUGAAAAAGUAGCUCUCAUCGGAUCUGGCAACUGGGGGUCUGCCGUUGCAAAGAUCGUUGGUGGGAACGUUCAUAAUUUUGAGCAUUUCGACAAAGAGGUGAAGAUGUGGGUUUACGAAGAGCAAAUUGAUGGAAAGAACCUCACAGAAAUCAUCAACACCAAGCACGAGAAUGUGAAAUAUCUUCCAGGCAUUAAACUGCCAGAGAAUGUUGUUGCAUGUCCAGAUUUGAUCAAGACGUGUGAAGAUGCCACCAUGCUUGUAUUUGUUGUCCCUCAUCAGUUUGUAUCCGGCAUCUGUAAGCAAUUGAAGGGCAAGAUCCCUUCAAACUGCAAAGCCAUCUCGUUGAUUAAGGGUAUUGACGUCCAGGAUAAUGCAGAAGGCUUCCGUCUCAUCACAGAUAUGAUCCAGGAGUCGCUCGGCAUUCAAGCCUGUAUGUUGAGUGGCGCCAAUAUUGCAGAUGAGGUUGCAGAAGGACGAUUCUGUGAGACAACUAUCGGAUACAGGAAUAAGAAAGAUGGCGAGCUGUUUAGAGACAUUUUUCACACACCAUUUUUCAGGGUCAGUAUUAUAGAGGACGUUGUGGGAGUAGAGCUUUGUGGAGCUCUCAAGAAUAUUAUCGCAAUUGGAGGCGGAUUGGUUGAUGGACUCAAGAUGGGUGCUAACACAAAGGCAGCAAUCAUCCGUAUUGGUCUGUAUGAGAUGCGCAAGUUUGCGAAAAUGUUUUACAAGGAUAUCAAGGAUGAGACAUUCUUUGAAUCUUGUGGUGUUGCGGAUUUAGUCACAACAUGUGCAGGCGGUCGAAACCGCAAGGUGGCAGAGGCGCAUGUUACAACAGGCAAAUCUUUUGAUCAGCUUGAACAAGAGAUGCUAAAUGGACAGAAACUGCAAGGCACCUCGACCGCCAAAGAUAUGUAUGGCAUCCUUUCCAAAAAGGGUCUUUGUGAAGAGUUCCCAUUGAUGACCACUAUCUAUCGUAUUUGCUACGAGGAUGUACCACCUAAAAGGAUUGUGGAGGACAUCUAAGACAGAAGAUAUGAGAAUCUAUGGAUUGUGAACUACAGACAGGAGCA